AUGGAUAUCGAUGAUUUAUUAGAGGAAAUAUCUCUUAAUAAUGACACAAAACCUUAGAGCACUAGAGAAAGGAACAGAAGGUCCUUUUUGGAUCCACCGUAAAAGAAUUUAUUUAAUGAAGGAAAUUGGAGACACAAAAAAUUUCAAACGAUCCAUAUGAAUUUGAUAGUAUUCUAAAAUCUCAAGAUUCUCCAGUCGAUAGACAAUCUUCUUUUGUUCCUCGAUAAAGACCUUAAACUGCACUUAUAGAUGAAUCAAAAAAACAAAAAAUGGCUGACCUCUUCUAACUACCAAAACCUAUUAUAAAUAAAGAUUUGCCACCUCCACCUCCAUAGAUUGAAGAUAAUAGUAAUAAUAUGGAAAUGUCAAUGGGAAGUAGAAGAUAAAAAAUGAGAAUGCUAUCAUAAAAUAAGGGUCAACCCUAGAAAAGUGAUAUUAAUUCAAGUUAAGAUCCAAUAGCAAAUAAUACAUAACAGAUAGAAGUAGAAAAACAAUCAGUUUAAUCUGAUUACUCUAUGAAAUAAAGCAAAUAACCAGAAAUAUAACUUAAUGUUCCUGUGAAUAUAAAUACUCAAAAGUUUCAAGAUGAAAUAAAACAGCUUAAAUUAGAAAAAGACAAAUUAUAAGAUGAAAUAUAGGCUGUGAAAAAUGAAAAAUUAAAAUUAUCUGAUGAAUUAGCAAUUGAAAAAAAUGAGAGACAAAGAUUAAUGAAUGAAAAAUUGGAAGCAGAGAGAAAUUUCAAUAAAGAAAAAGAAUAAUUGAAAUCUAAUUAUGAUAAAGAUAAAUAAAGAGCUAUAGAUGCUAUGAAGUUAGAAGUAACUAUUUUGAGUUUAUAUCUUAUAGAAUGAAAUAAUGAGACAGUAAUUAGGAGAAUAGAAAUAAUUGGAUCAUCUAGCAGAUAAGAUAAAGGAUAGUGCAAAAGAAUUGGAGACACUUAAGAAUCAAUUAUAUUAAAAGCAUGAAUCAUAGACUUAAGAAAAGAUGAGAUUAUUGGAAAAGAAACAAAAUGAUAUUAAUGACAAGGAAAUGUAUUUGGAAAAAGAAAAAUCUUAUAUCGAAAAUGAAAAGAAAAGACUUUAAAAUAUUUAAGAUGAUAUAAGCAGGAGAGAAUAAUUAUUUCUUGCUUCUAUAGAAGGAGAUAAGAGAUCCUUAUAAAAUGAAAAAUAAUUAUUAUAAGAAAUUAAAGAAUCUUUAAGAACAUUAGAAAUUGAAACCAAGAAAAGAUUAGAAUAAGAGAAUAUGUAUAUUUAAAGAUAAAAGUAAAUUAAUAUUAUUAUAAACAAGAAAUGAACUUGAACUUUUAAAAAAUGAGAUGAAUUCUUAAGCUUAAAGUAAAUUAAGAUAAUUGGAUUUAGAAAGACAAUUAUUUGAAUAAUAAAAAAGUGAAUACCAUGAAUUCACAUAGAAAAAUAAUCAAAUAAUUUAGUAAAAAUAUUCAGAUAUCGAAAAGCAAUAGCAAAAAAAUGGAGCUAAAGAAAUGCAACUGAUUGCAUUAUAAAGGGAUUUAGAUAUGAAAACUAAUUAAGUUACUAGUUUGCAUGCUGAAUAUUCGAGAAAAUUAGGUUUAAUUGAGGGUGAAAGGCAGUAAUUACUGUAAAAAUUGAAAGAAAUAAAUGAAAAAGAGAAACUUUAUCACAAAGAAAUUAGUAAUGUUCAAGAAUUUAGACAAAUAUACUAAUAAGAAAAGGAAACUAUUUAAAAAUAGAAACUUGAAUUGCAUUAAUAAUUGACUCAAAAUUAAUAAGAAAAAAUAUAGAUUGAAUAAGAAAAGAGUUAAUUAACGUAGAUGCAUAAGACUUUAUCUAAUUUAAGAUAAGAAAUAGCUUAAAAUAAUACUUAAGGAUUUUCUUAAACAGGUGCACUACCUGCAAAGCCAGUAUAAAAAAAUAUAGUAGAGAAACCUAAAUAAGCAUAGAAGAUUCCAAUUCACAAUAAUUCUUCGGCUAACUAGACAACAUAGAAUUUUGAUGUAGGAAGUUAUAUGAAAUACUUGAAGAAUGUUGAUUAUUUACAUUGA